UUACAAAUAGCCAUGUAAAAGCAACGAGAAACCAUUCAUCGCAUUGAGACCAUCAAGUAGACGAACUUCAAAAAUGAACGCAUUCGCAGUGGUAGCCUUGCUGCUGGUGGCCUACGCCCAGGCUGACGUCACCGAGCUGACACAAGCCCAGGUGGACGCGCUGUCUGCGGAGGAACUCCAGGCCAUCACCCAGGAGCAGUGGGGCAUCAUCUCCUCCAGGUGGUGCAGUCCUCUCUUCGCCAGCUACGCCAAGUCCCAGUACCUGCCGGACCGCACCAACUGCCACUACUACUACGAGUGCGUGGGCUACAAGGCGGUGAGGAUGGAGUGUGCCGCCAACCUCUACUGGAACACCAAGCUGGAAACCUGUGACUACCCGUACCACGCAGGCUGCAAGUACGGCAGUGCAUCUUCUAGCUCGGGAUCAGGAUCAGGAUCCGGAUCUGCCUCUGGAUCAGGAUCAGCAUCAGGAUCAGGAUCUGCCUCUGGAUCAGCAUCAGGAUCAGGAUCUGCCUCUGGAUCAGGAUCUGCCUCUGGAUCAGGAUCAGGAUCUGCUUCAGGAUCAGGAUCUGCUUCAGGAUCAGGAUCAAGCAACCACAACCAAGCAAUCGAGAUUCCAGUUGCGAACCAAAAUGUCAUUCCAGUUGUCGUCCCAUUCAAUAACCAAUAAAGAACAAAAAUGAUGUAUGGGAGUGUUAACUUUGAAUAAAUAAUGUUAAAAUGAUACAUAAUA